AUGGAAGCUAGCAUCCAACUCAUGCAGGUUAUCCAAGAAAUGCGGGCAGAAAUCAACAGACUACAGAAAGAGAAUCAUGCCCUCCGUGUGAAGCUGACUUCCAGUAGUCAGACAGCCUCUGGAUCAGAGAGAGAAUCAGAAGACAAAAGGGAAGAAGCAGUGUAUGGGCAAUCUCUGGGGGCCCUUCCUGGUGGUAUUCCCACUGGGUCUACACCAGCUGUGCAGGAACAAGGCAAUGUCAUGAUUGUUAGACGCUACUCCAUUUCUCCAUCAGCUCACUCAUAUGCAGCAAGUGACCCCUGGAAAGCUAGAAACAGACUUCCAAACAUCAUUGGAACAUCAUCGGCAAACUCUUCAACUAGAAAUCCAGACAAUGAAGAAAAGACAUUGGCUGCAGAUGCUUACAACAGCAAUGGCUCUAGCCAGAGAGCUUCUUCUGAUCACAAUGUUGUCUGCAGAGCAUCUGUCAACAAAGCAAAUGACCAAGGGGACAAACCCUGCAACCAGCUGCUGGAGGUGACAUCAUGGGUGCGUCCUCCUGGCAGGACUGCAGACCCUCCGUUGUUCGCUUCAAGUUACACUUAG